AUGGAAUGUUUACUUUAUUUGGAACUCGGUUACGUCAUUAGAAUCUUACGUCACCGUCAGUGGCCUUGAAGGUGACGUGGUCUUUGAUCCUUCACCUAUAAGUAAGGGGGAAAAACUUCAGUGGAACAUUUUAAGUCGAGAAGUGAGUUUGUUCACAGCGUUCAAAGAUUUGAAUAUGUUUAAGGGGAUUCUUCAGCAGAGGAAGCCGAGAGAGAGAAAGGUUCGCACUGAACAGACAGACAGGUUUAUUUGCAAUAAACCGAUAAUGAACAGACAACAAGAAGUUCAAGGGUUGCAGAGCAAAACGGAUGAUAGGAAGAUAAUGUGUGGGCAGAGACAUAACCGCAAAAUGAACUUGAUGCUGCGCAAGACGGAAGAGUUGAGAUUUAUGCUCAUCGACAAGCUCAGUACACGAGUGCCAGGACAUGUAGAGUUGCUACACAUUGCGAAUGAAACCCUGCAAGAAAUUGGGAAAAUUCUUAAAAAAACGAUUGAACAGGACAUAGAACUCAAAGAGGAGCAGAGCAAACAUCAGGACACCAAGAACGAAAAUGCAGGCUUGCGAGCGGAGCUUGAUGAAGCCCAGCUAAAUAUUGAAGAAAUGCUUAAAGAGAAGGAAGAACUGAAAGCGACACUCAAAGAGGAGCAGAGCGAAUAUCAGGACACCAAGAACAAAAAUGCAGGCUUGCGAGCGGAGCUUGAUGAAGCCCAGCUGAAAAUUGAAGAAAUGCUUAAAGAGAAGGAAGAACUGAAAGCGACACUCAAAGAGAUGCAGAGCGAAUAUCAGGACACCAAGAACAAAAAUGCAGGCUUGCGAGCGGAGCUUGAUGAAGCCCAGCUGAAAAUUGAAGAAAUGCUUAAAGAGAACGAAGAACUGAAAGCGACACUCAAAGAGGAGCAGAGCGAACAUCAGGACACCAAGAACGAAAAUGCAGGCUUGCGAGCGGAGCUUGAUGAAGCGCUUAAAGAGAAGGAAGAACAGGAAGUGACACACAAAGAGGAGCAGAGCAAACUUCAGGACACCAAGAACGAAAAUGCAGGCUUGCGAGCGGAGCUUGAUGAAGCCCGGCUAAAACAUGAACAAAUGCUUCAAGAGAAGGAAGAACAAGAAGCUAAACACAGAGAGGUGCACAGCAAACUUCAUGACCUGGAAGUGACACACAAAGAGGAGCAGAGCAAACUUCAGGACACCAAGAACGAAAAUGCAGGCUUGCGAGCGGAGCUUGAUGAAGCCCAGCUAACACAUGAACAAAUGCUUAAAGAGAAGAAGGAACUGGAAACGACACUCAAAGAGGAACAGAGUGAACUUCAGGACACCAAGAACGAAAAUGCAGGCUUGCGAGCGGCGCUUGAUGAAGCCCAGCUAACACAUGAACAAAUGCUUAAAGAGAAGGAAGAACUAGAAGCUAAACACAAAGAGGUGCAGAGCAAACUUCAGGACACAGAGGAAGAAAAUGAAGGCUUGCACGCAAAGCUUGAUAAAGCCCAGCUAAAAAUUAAAAAAAUCCUCAAAAAAAAGAACGAUCUGGAACCUAAAAUCAAGGAGCUGAAGGACAAGCUCAAUGACCUGCUACCGAAACACACAGAGGCGCAGCGCAAAUUUUACGACACCAAGAAAAAAAAUGAAGGCUUGCGAGCAAAGUUUGAUGAAGCCCAGCUAGAAAUUGAAGAAAUUCUUCAAGAGAAGGAAGAACAGGAAGAUAAAUACAGAGAGGUGCACAGCAAACUUCAGGACACAAAGAAAAAAAAUGAAGGCUUGCGAGCAAAGUUUGAUGAAGCCCAACUAGAAAUUAAAGAAAUGCUUAAAGAGAAGGAAGAACAGGAAGCUAAAUACAGAGAAGUGCAGAGCAAACUUCAGGACCUGGAAGUGACACACACAGAGGUGGAGAGCAAACUUCAGGACCUGGAAGUGACACACACGGAGGUGGAGAGCAAACUUCAGGACCUGGAAGUGACACACACAGAGGUGGAGAGCAAACUUCAGGACCUGGAAGUGACACACACGGAGGUGUGGAGCAAACUGCAGGACACAGAGAAAGAAAAGGCAGGCUUGCGAGCAGAGCUUGAUGAAGCCCAACUAGAAAUUGAAGAAAUGCUUAAAGAGAAGGAAGAACAGGAAGCUAAAUACAGAGAGGUGCACAGCAAACUUCAGGACACAGAGAAAGAAAAGGCAGGCUUGCGAGCAGAGCUUGAUGAAGCCCAACUAGAAAUUGAAGAAAUGCUUAAAGAGAAGGAAGAACAGGAAGCUAAAUACAGAGAGGUGCACAGCAAACAUCAGGACACAGAGAAAGAAAAUGCAGGCUUGCGAGCGGAGCUUGUUGCAGCCCAGCUAAAACAUGAACAAAUGCUUCAUGAGAAGGAAGCUAAACACAGAGAGGUGCAGAGCAAACUUCAGGACACAGAGAAAGAAAAUGAAGGCUUGCAAGCAGAGCUUGAUGAAGCCAAGCUAAAAUAUGAACAAAUGCUUCAAGAGAAGGAAGAACAGGAAGCUAAACGCAGAGAAGUGCAGAGCAAACUUCAUGACCUGAAAGUGACACACACAGAGGUGCAGAGCAAACUUCAGGACACAGAGAAAGAAAAUGAAGGCUUGCGAGCAGAGCUUGAUGAAGCCAAGCUGAAGGAACUUACUGUCCAAGACAGAGAAAAGAUAAAAUUCUAUCACACACUUACUGACAACUGCAAUAAAAUGGAGGAAGACAAGAAAGAUCUGCAGAAAAAAUGUGAAGGGAUGCACCAGAAGAUCCAAGAAAUGAUGAGAGAAAAUCAACAACUGCACAACAAAAUUCAGCACAGAAACAUUGAAAUGGACACGAAGCUGAAAGAACAGGAGACCAGGCAUAUUUAUUUGGUUAAAGAAAAACAGAGCCAGCUUCAAGAAGUGCAGAGGAGAAAUCAAGAGUUAGAAGACAAGUGUGGCAAACUGCAGCUAUGCACUUAUGUCAUGCAUGAGGCACAGAAAGAACAGGAAAAGACAUAUAAAAAACUGAAAGAAACGCAGCAAGAAUCAAAAGAAUUUGAAAAAAAGUGCAAGAACCUUGAGAAGAAGCAUGCAGAAAAUAUCAGUGAACUGCAAAAGCUUAUAUCAGAGAACGAGGAUCUGCGAAAACGCUGCCAGAAAAAGCCCUUCUGGUUUUUAUGGAAGAAAUCUACUGAUUCUUCAGUGCCGCGCAGACAAAAUCGUGUUUUCCCGUUAUAACUCUGCUACUUCUUCAGUGCUACCUGCACAAAACUAGCCUCGUCUUCCUCCAUCUUUAAUCCUCUCAGACAUCUCCCCAUCCUCUUCAUCCCUUUCUUCUUCCUCCCCUCUCUUCUUCUGUCUCCCGUCUUUUCUUUUUCCUUUCAAACCCCCAAACCGGUCCCGACAGAUGACUGCCCCUCCCUGAGCCUGGUUCUGUCGAAGGUUUCUUCCCGUCUACAGGGAGUUUUUCCUCCCCACUGUUGCCUCGUGCUUGCUCAUCGGGGAAUGUUGGGGGUUUCUCUUCUCUCUCUCUUUCCCUCUUUUGCUUACCCUAUCAUC